AUGCCUUCGGAUCCUAUGCCAGACAGCGCGGAUGGCCCAGAAGGUACAGAGGCUUCCGAUGAGGAGUUCGCUGAAGCGAGUCCAGGCCUUGCUGGUCUGGAGAGGACCAUGCACUCCGUGGCUGUCUUCAGCGAGUGCAGCUACGAGUUUGUAGAGGCCAUCAUGCUGCACGUCCGGAAGAUUUUGCUUCAUUCUGGCAAGGUCUUAGUGACGGAAGACGCAGAUGCACCCAAGUCCAUGUACGUGGUUCUUUGGGGCACGCUGGACGUUUAUCGGAUGGACGAAAAGAUAGGCAGCGUGUCCAAUGGACAGGUGCUUGGAGAAGGGCUGCUGGUCGGGAUCUUCGACAGGUCGGAAUAUUUCAGUUCGCUGGUCGCCGCCUGCUUGCACUUCCUCCCGACAGGCGGUUUGCUCAGGCCUGUUGUGGCUGUUCACUACCGAAGGACUACUUUAGCCUUCGGCAAGAGGACACGUGGCUACAUGUGUGAAUGGACCCAGCAGAACGAGAUGCGCCUGGCACUGCGGCGUCCCGUGGCCCUCCGCCAAGUCAGCGAGGCUGGAGCGGCUUCUCUGGUUUGGCUCUUGAGUCCAGGGGAGCGACUUCUGCUGGAGGAAGAUGCUUUAUUUCUCGUUCUCUCUUGCCGAUGGGAGCAGAGGAUCUCUUGGCCGCGCUUGAAGCAGGCCACAAGGGCAUUCGUAGAGAUGGCGAAAGACGACGAUGGGUAUGGUUUGGUCAGGCACCUCUACUUCGCGGGCGACGUCAUCCACACAGAAGGUCAGGAGGAUCCCCCUUUGGCCUUCCUUUUUGAUGGCGACGUCUCCGUCGAGGUGGUCGGCCGCACGGUUCGGCGUGAGGAGGCAUCGUUGGGUUUUAAGGGCUUCAGGGUGAAGGGCGAGACGACGGGACGGGGCUCGACAGUCGUGACGGAGAGCGAGGCGAACGCGUCCCCUGCUCCACCGGUCCGGCGUUCUUCACUUACUGGUCGGAAGCUGUCUGUGGCCCGGCGGCCGUCGGUGGACGAAGGUGGGGAGCAGGGUUGUCAUGACCAGGAUCUCCCUGCGCUGUCAUGGGCCCUCCGAAGCAGAUGCAGUUUCGAAAGCAUGGCUUGUCACGAAUAG